GGAAGCCCGGACUCCAGUCGCUGCUCCUACUCCGUCUGUCCGCCGGAUCCCGGCCCCGCCGAUCUCAGUUCUCUGUGGCCCGCGGUUCGCCGCCCCGCAAACCGCCACGAUGCCGGUGUUUCAUACGCGCACGAUUGAGAGCAUCCUGGAGCCGGUGGCGCAGCAGAUCUCGCACCUGGUGAUUAUGCACGAGGAGGGCGAGGUGGACGGCAAAGCCAUCCCUGACCUCACCGCGCCCGUGGCCGCCGUGCAAGCGGCCGUCAGCAACCUCGUCAGGGUUGGAAAAGAGACUGUUCAAACCACUGAGGAUCAGAUACUGAAGAGAGAUAUGCCACCAGCAUUUAUUAAGGUUGAGAAUGCUUGCACCAAACUUGUCCAGGCAGCCCAGAUGCUUCAGUCAGACCCUUACUCAGUACCUGCUCGAGAUUAUCUAAUUGAUGGGUCAAGGGGCAUCCUCUCUGGCACAUCAGACCUACUCCUUACCUUCGAUGAGGCUGAGGUUCGUAAAAUUAUUCGAGUUUGCAAAGGAAUUUUGGAAUACCUUACUGUGGCAGAGGUCGUGGAGACUAUGGAAGAUUUGGUCACUUAUACAAAGAAUCUUGGGCCAGGAAUGACUAAGAUGGCCAAGAUGAUUGACGAGAGACAGCAGGAGUUGACUCACCAGGAGCACCGGGUAAUGUUGGUGAACUCAAUGAACACUGUGAAAGAGUUGCUUCCAGUUCUCAUUUCAGCUAUGAAGAUUUUUGUAACAACUAAAAACUCAAAAAACCAAGGAAUAGAAGAAGCUUUGAAAAAUCGCAAUUUUACUGUAGAAAAGAUGAGUGCUGAAAUUAAUGAGAUCAUCCGUGUAUUACAACUCACUUCUUGGGAUGAAGAUGCCUGGGCCAGCAAGAAGGACACUGAAGCCAUGAAGAGAGCAUUAGCCUCCAUAGACUCCAAACUGAACCAGGCCAAAGGUUGGCUCCGUGACCCCAGUGCCUCCCCAGGAGAUGCUGGUGAACAGGCCAUCAGGCAGAUCUUAGAUGAAGCUGGAAAAGUUGGUGAACUUUGUGCAGGCAAGGAACGCAGAGAGAUCCUGGGAACCUGCAAAAUGCUAGGGCAGAUGACUGAUCAAGUGGCUGACCUCCGGGCUAGAGGUCAAGGAGCUUCACCAGUGGCCAUGCAGAAAGCCCAACAGGUAUCUCAAGGUCUGGAUGUGCUCACUGCAAAGGUGGAAAAUGCAGCUCGCAAGCUGGAAGCCAUGACAAACUCAAAGCAGAGCAUUGCGAAGAAGAUUGAUGCUGCUCAGAAUUGGCUUGCAGAUCCAAAUGGAGGACCUGAAGGAGAAGAACAGAUCCGAGGUGCUUUGGCUGAAGCUCGGAAAAUAGCAGAAUUGUGUGAUGAUCCUAAAGAGAGAGAUGACAUUCUGCGUUCCCUUGGAGAAAUAUCUGCUCUGACUUCUAAAUUAGCAGAUUUACGAAGACAGGGGAAAGGAGAUUCCCCGGAGGCUCGUGCAUUGGCCAAACAGGUGGCCACAGCCCUACAGAACCUGCAGACCAAAACCAACAGGGCUGUGGCAAACAGCAGACCUGCCAAAGCAGCUGUCCACCUUGAGGGCAAAAUUGAACAAGCACAGCGAUGGAUUGAUAAUCCUACAGUGGAUGACCGGGGAGUUGGUCAGGCUGCCAUCCGGGGGCUUGUGGCUGAAGGACAUCGUCUGGCUAAUGUCAUGAUGGGGCCUUAUCGUCAAGAUCUUCUUGCCAAGUGUGACCGUGUGGACCAGCUGACGGCUCAGCUGGCUGACCUGGCUGCCAGAGGGGAAGGGGAAAGUCCUCAGGCUAGAGCACUUGCAUCGCAGCUCCAAGACUCCUUAAAGGAUCUGAAAGCCAGGAUGCAGGAGGCUAUGACUCAGGAGGUGUCAGAUGUUUUCAGUGAUACCACAACUCCCAUCAAGCUAUUGGCAGUGGCAGCCACUGCCCCUCCUGAUGCACCCAAUAGGGAAGAGGUGUUUGAUGAGAGGGCAGCAAACUUUGAAAACCAUUCGGGAAGGCUUGGAGCUACAGCUGAGAAGGCGGCUGCUGUUGGUACUGCUAAUAAAUCAACAGUGGAAGGCAUUCAGGCAUCAGUGAAGACUGCCCGAGAACUCACACCCCAGGUCAUCUCCGCUGCACGCAUCUUACUUAGGAACCCUGGAAAUCAGGCCGCUUAUGAACAUUUUGAAACCAUGAAGAACCAGUGGAUUGAUAAUGUUGAAAAAAUGACAGGGCUGGUGGACGAAGCCAUUGAUACCAAAUCUCUGUUGGAUGCUUCUGAAGAAGCAAUUAAAAAAGAUCUGGACAAAUGUAAGGUAGCCAUGGCCAACAUUCAGCCUCAGAUGCUGGUUGCUGGGGCAACAAGCAUUGCGCGUCGGGCCAACCGAAUCCUGCUGGUGGCGAAGAGGGAGGUGGAGAACUCUGAGGAUCCCAAGUUCCGUGAGGCUGUGAAAGCUGCCUCUGAUGAACUGAGCAAAACAAUCUCCCCUAUGGUGAUGGAUGCAAAGGCUGUGGCCGGAAACAUUUCUGAUCCUGGCCUGCAAAAGAGCUUCCUGGACUCUGGAUAUCGGAUCCUGGGAGCUGUGGCCAAGGUCAGAGAAGCCUUCCAACCUCAGGAGCCUGACUUCCCACCUCCUCCACCAGACCUUGAACAGCUCCGUCUGACAGAUGAGCUCGCGCCUCCCAAACCACCUCUGCCUGAGGGUGAGGUCCCUCCACCCAGGCCCCCACCACCAGAGGAAAAGGAUGAAGAGUUUCCCGAGCAGAAAGCCGGGGAGGUGAUUAAUCAGCCAAUGAUGAUGGCUGCCAGGCAGCUCCAUGAUGAAGCUCGUAAAUGGUCCAGCAAGCCGGGUAUCCCAGCCGCUGAGGUGGGUAUAGGAGUUGUAGCUGAGGCAGAUGCGGUUGAUGCUGUUGGGUUCUCUGUCCCCUCUGACAUGGAAGACGAUUACGAACCUGAGCUGCUGUUAAUGCCAUCCAAUCAGCCGGUCAACCAGCCCAUUCUGGCCGCGGCUCAGUCCUUGCAUCGGGAAGCUACCAAGUGGUCUAGUAAGGGCAAUGACAUCAUUGCAGCAGCCAAGCGCAUGGCUCUGCUAAUGGCUGAGAUGUCUCGGCUGGUAAGAGGGGGCAGUGGUACCAAGCGGGCACUCAUCCAGUGUGCUAAGGACAUUGCCAAGGCCUCAGAUGAAGUGACUCGGUUGGCCAAGGAAGUUGCCAAGCAGUGCACAGAUAAGCGGAUUAGAACCAACCUCUUACAGGUAUGUGAGCGAAUCCCAACUAUAAGCACCCAGCUCAAAAUCCUGUCUACAGUGAAGGCCACCAUGCUGGGCCGGACCAACAUCAGUGAUGAGGAAUCUGAGCAGGCCACAGAGAUGCUGGUUCACAAUGCUCAGAACCUCAUGCAGUCUGUGAAGGAGACUGUGAGAGAAGCAGAAGCUGCUUCAAUCAAAAUUCGAACAGAUGCUGGAUUUACACUGCGCUGGGUCAGAAAGACUCCCUGGUACCAGUAGGCACCCAGCCAAACCUGGCUGGUACAGAAACCCCUACUGAAGAGAAGAAUGAUCUUGAGUUCCAGGAGCCAUCUGGAGUUGCUGGGGGUUGAAAAACCACAUCCUGGCCUAAUAUAUCAGAAAGGAAUGGGGGCCUCUUCACAUUGCAAAACAUUUAUACUCUUUGUCAUGGACACUUUGAAAUGUGUCUCCAUAUAAAUUCUGUCUUCUCAAACACAGUUAAACUCAUGUAUACUCUAUCUCAAUAGGCAGACUGGGUUUCUAGCCCAUGGACUUCACAUAAGCUCAGAAUUUAAGAGUAAAAACACUAGCCAGACACCCUAGGGGACAUUUCCCUCUCCCUUCCUUUUCACUAGCCUCCACUUUCCCCUUCAGGCUCCUACGACCCAGAGCCCAAGCAAGUCAGUUAAGAAAAUCACUGUGCCUCCAAAAAAUUAUCUGGGCUUUCCACGUUGCUGCCGACCCUGCCUGCCUUCCCUGGAUUGUGCUACCUGGGUCCUUUUCAGAAGUGAGCUUUGCUGCUGCAGGAAAAGGUGGCCUUUGGGGGGGGGCCAACAUAUUUGGCCUGGACUCAUUUCCUCUCAUCCUCAAUUUAAUGCAAGUUUCCCAAAGAAUAAAACCAGAAUUCAUUGUCAGGAGAAAAAUCACAGAAUCACAUGAUUCUGUCUUUACUAUGCCCUUGAGCAAUGUGCUAGGGAAACUUCUUGUCCCAUGUCCUGCCUCAGCCUGCCCAGGUAACCAUCCCGUGAACACACUGUGUGUCCUGGUGCUGUCUGCCACUAGAGGGGCAGAGUAGCCAGGGUGUGGCCCUGCCCAUCCUCCCAGUGGGGUCCUGCCCAGGCGUUCCAUGCUUUGUCACUGCCUACAGAGGUCUGUGCUGAGGCCUUAUCAUUCAUUCUUAGCUCUUUUGUUAUUUUUAAGCUGAAAUGCUGCAUUUAAUUUUUAACCAAAUCAUGUCUCUUAUCCUGGCUUUUGUAGUCUUCCCCUAAACCCUUUCCAAAUAAGGUUUUAAAUAUAUGUAGGUGUUCCUUCUUUUCUUUUUUUGGAGACGGGGUCUCAGUGUUGCCAAGCCGGGUCUCAAACUCCUGGGUUCACUCCUAUCUUGGCCUCCCGACAUGUUUACAGACAUGUUUACUGUGUCUUGGCUUUGUAAUUUUGAAAGAUCCUUUUUAAUCCUUUUGAAAUUCAGCCCUAAGAAUUAGUGCUCACCCUGUGAGAUUGUCUAAUGAAAAGGCAAUUCUGUUAAAAGACACUUCUACCUAAGGGACAGUGGUAUUUGCAGACUAGAACUUGGGUGCUUCUGGGAAUAAAUCAAUGGUAAAUACUCCUAAAAUUCCUACCUCCCUUCAACCAACUACAAUCAAGACCCUUUAUCCUCUCCUAAAUACAACUGUUUAAGAGAGUAAUAAGUAUAAUAUUUAAUUUUCACCAUAGUAAGUUUCCUAUUAGGCAAACUUUUGGCAACUUUUCUUUUUCUUUUCAUACUUAUUAUUUGCCGUCUAAGCAUUCUCCAGCACAUAAACCAUAUUUCUUUCCAAACUCAGAAUGAAGAAAGUAAAGGAGUGAGACCCUUUGUCUAAAUAUGCUUCCCUUUCACCCCCAAUGUGUGUUAGAUCCCAACAUCAGAUGUGUAACACUUGUCUUAAGGUGGUCCUGCACACACGGGCUACCUCUGUUUCCUUUAACUGAUAAAGAUUAUUUUAAGGCCCUCAGCAUAUUUGUAUAGUUGCUUACCUGAUAUAAAUGCAAUAUUAAUGCCUUUAAAGUAUGAAUCUAUGCCAAAGAUCACCUUUCAUUUUACUAAAGAUUACUUAGAAGAAAUAAGAAAAAUAUUUGCUCUUCAAGUUCUUCCGGUGUUUUGAGACACUGGUUUAUACUUUAUGCCAGAUGUGCUUUUUUCUAACAGCAGUGCUCAAGACACACUGAAGAAACAAACAAAUCCCUGAAUGAUAGAGGUGUCACCACUUAAAAAAAAAAAAAUUUGUAAGCUAGGAUUUGUUAUAUGCAAGUAUUUUCUGCCUCCUUUUGGUUCUGUUUAAAACAAUAAAAUGCAUUUGUAUGAA